AAAACCCUUGUUAUAAUAAAAUCUUUCAGUGGGAGGAGUUAAAGAAAGUAAAAGGAAGGAUGUCUGCAACCCAGGAAGAAGACAAGAAGCCCGGAGACGGAGGAGCUCACAUCAACCUCAAGGUCAAGGGUCAGGAUGGGAAUGAGGUUUUCUUUAGGAUCAAGAGGAGCACCCAGCUGAAGAAGCUCAUGAACGCUUACUGUGACAGGCAAUCCGUGGACAUGACCGCCAUUGCCUUCUUGUUUGAUGGUCGUCGUCUUCGUGCUGAGCAGACUCCCGAUGAGCUUGACAUGGAGGACGGUGAUGAGAUCGAUGCCAUGCUCCAUCAGACUGGUGGAGGCGUUGCUCUGGCCUGACAAUUAUCCGGAUUUAGAGUUUCAUGAUUAAGAUUUGUGUGAUAUGAAUGGUUAAGUAGUUAGUUAUCAGCAUUAGGAUUUGCAGACUUGUUUUUUUUAUCGUGACCAUUGUCUUUAGAAAACUAAUAUGGUCAUGAUGGUUGUUAAAAGACCUUUUGGUGGAUUCUUGGUCUUGUUCGUUUGAUAUUGUCAUCCUAAUAUCACAUGACACUAUUUGCUCUUAAUGAUGUUCUUUGAAACGAUUA